GGGCGGCGACUCCCGGAGCGGCGGGGGGUGGGGAGGAGGCGCUAUGGCCGACGUGUUCCCGGGCUCCGAGCCCGGCGCCGACCCGGAGGCGGCGCGGCGCUUCGCUCGCAAGGGCGCCCUGAGGCAGAAGAACGUGCACGAGGUGAAGGAGCACAAAUUCAUCGCGCGCUUCUUCAAGCAGCCCACCUUCUGCAGCCACUGCACCGACUUCAUCUGGGGAUUUGGGAAGCAAGGAUUCCAGUGCCAAGUUUGCUGUUUUGUGGUUCACAAGAGGUGCCAUGAGUUCGUUACCUUCUCCUGUCCUGGGGCUGACAAGGGGCCUGACACUGAUGAUCCCAGAAGCAAGCACAAGUUCAAGAUCCACACCUAUGGGAGCCCCACCUUCUGUGACCACUGCGGGUCCCUGCUCUACGGGCUCCUGCACCAGGGCAUGAAGUGUGACACCUGUGACAUGAACGUUCACAAGCAAUGUGUGAUAAACGUCCCAAGCCUCUGUGGCAUGGACCACACAGAGAAGAGAGGAAGGAUUUAUCUGAAGGCUGAAGUCACUGGUGACAAACUGGAAGUUACAGUGAGAGAAGCAAAAAACCUCAUUCCCAUGGAUCCAAAUGGACUUUCAGAUCCUUAUGUCAAACUGAAGCUCAUCCCAGAUCCUAAGAAUGAAAGCAAACAAAAAACAAAAACCAUCCGUUCUACCCUGAAUCCAGACUGGAAUGAGUCAUUCACGUUUAAAUUAAAACCUACAGACAAAGAUCGCCGGUUAUCCGUGGAGGUCUGGGACUGGGAUCGAACCACCAGGAAUGAUUUCAUGGGGUCACUCUCUUUUGGGGUGUCAGAGCUUAUGAAAAUGCCAGCCAGUGGAUGGUACAAGCUGCUGAAUCAAGAAGAGGGUGAAUACUACAAUGUUCCAAUUCCAGAUGCUGAUGAAGAUGGAAAUGCAGAGCUCCGACAGAAGUUUGAGGACUGUCAUGUAAAUAUCCACUUCUUCAAGAAAGCCAAACUUGGGCCAGCUGGUAACAAAGUCAUUACUUCAACAGAAGACAAGAGCUCAAGUGUGCCAUCCAACAAUCUGGACAGGGUGAAGCUGACAGAUUUCAACUUCCUCAUGGUGCUUGGAAAGGGGAGCUUUGGGAAGGUGAUGCUGGCAGACAGGAAGGGCACAGAGGAGCUCUAUGCAGUCAAAAUCCUGAAGAAAGACGUGGUGAUCCAGGAUGAUGAUGUGGAGUGCACCAUGGUGGAGAAACGAGUCCUGGCACUGCAAGAUAAGCCCCCGUUCCUGACACAGCUGCACUCUUGUUUCCAGACAGUUGACCGGCUGUAUUUUGUGAUGGAGUAUGUCAAUGGUGGGGAUCUCAUGUAUCACAUCCAGCAAGUAGGAAAAUUUAAGGAGCCACAAGCAGUGUUCUAUGCAGCUGAGAUCUCUAUUGGGUUAUUCUUUCUCCAUAACAGAGGGAUUAUUUAUAGAGAUCUGAAAUUAGAUAAUGUGAUGUUGGAUUCAGAAGGACACAUUAAGAUUGCUGAUUUUGGAAUGUGCAAGGAGCACAUGUUGGAUGGAGUAACAACCAGGACCUUCUGUGGCACUCCAGACUACAUUGCACCAGAGAUUAUUGCUUACCAGCCCUAUGGGAAGUCUGUGGAUUGGUGGGCAUAUGGUGUGCUGCUCUAUGAGAUGUUGGCUGGCCAGCCUCCAUUUGAUGGGGAAGAUGAAGAUGAACUAUUCCAGUCCAUAAUGGAGCAUAAUGUUUCCUACCCAAAAUCACUGUCCAAAGAAGCAGUCUCCAUCUGCAAGGGGCUGAUGACUAAACAUCCUGCAAAACGCCUUGGCUGUGGCCUGGAAGGUGAAAGAGACAUCAGGGAACAUGCUUUCUUCAGGAGAAUUGACUGGGAGAAAUUGGAGAACAGAGAGAUUCAGCCACCUUUCAAACCUAAAGUGUGCGGCAAAGGGGCCGAAAACUUCGAUAAGUUCUUCACGCGAGGGCAGCCGGUGUUGACGCCUCCAGAUCAGCUGGUCAUUGCCAACAUAGACCAAACGGAUUUCGAAGGGUUCUCUUUUGUCAACCCCCAGUUCGUGCACCCCCCUGUAGAAAAUGUAGCAUGAAACAGCAGAACAAAUCCCCGCUCCCGUGGGGAGCAGGUGUAACCCUACAAUUUUUAGGCUUUCUCCUCGUUGAUUCCAUUUGGGCCUGGAAAUUGUGGGGUUAGAGGGUGGGGGAUGAGGGAAGGGCCACUUAGUCAGGAUUUGGGCUUUGCAGCAGCAGUGUUGUCUUAACAGGAGGUAAUUUAGUGUACGGUGCCCACUUUUUCUUCUAGAAGUCGCCACUGACUUGUUGAAACUUACCCAUGUUUUGGUACGUUCUCUAUUUUGUAACUUCCCCCUGUCCUUUUUGCUCCCUUUUCCACUCCCUUGUGUUGGAAAAGCAUCUGACACGUGCUCUGAAUGAGAAGCCACCUCGAGUAUUCAUUUAUUCCUUGGGGGUGGGUGCUGGGAGGUGGGAGCUCCUCCCCGGAGACCUCAGGGGCAGCACCAGAGACUGGGAGGGGAGAGGCAUUGCAGAAACAGCACUGAAAGGGUUUGAAAAAUAUGGCAGGGAAAAAAAAAAUAGUUGGGAAUGGGUGGGAGGGGGGUAUGAAAUCAAAUUAGACCCCGAGGCUUGGUGAAUUGAUCUGUAAAAUCCCAAAUAAAAGCACUGGGCUGGUGGCCACGUCUCUAGGAUUUGUGCUAGGAGUAGCAUGUGAUAAACUCAAGGGUGAAAUUUUGUCUUUAAUAAUAAUAAUAACGAUAAUAGUAAUAAUUUUAAUAAUACUUUUGUGAAUUUUUAAUCUCCAUGAGAUUAUUCUGUGAUCCAGGGUGCCAUUGUCUGUUCAGUUGGUUUCAUUUACACCACUCCUCAAGUUUACUGUUAACUGGUUCUAAUACCAAUAUUUUACUAUGAAAUUUAUUAACCUGGAAUGUAAAACAAAACUGUAAUUCCUUAUAUCUUAUUUACAUGUGUUUAUUUAUAGUCUGCAGUGUAGGACAGUAAAUUGAAAAAAGCGUUAUGUAUACUAAAUAAACAAAAAAUGCAGCCCCAAGUGACUUCCUGACUUCUCCAGAAUAACUCAUGAAAUUGAAGUGAGAUUUAGUCUUAAAUAAUCGGUUUUAAUUCAGAAAACUUUGGGCUGUAGAAUAAUUGAGCCUGAAAAAAGCAGCACCUAAAACUGGUUUUAUUGAUAGAAUGGAAUUUAAUACGUUUUACAUAUGCUUCAUGCAAUGAAUUUUGCAUGUUUAGUAAUAACUCUUAAUAAUAAGGGUUAAUAAUAAGCAGAUCUAUAUUAUUGACAUAAUCGUAUCAAGCAUAAAGAGUAUUAUAAAAAUUUUAUAAAACAACUUGUGCUUUAUUUGUGAAAGUUCUUGUUCUGAAUGACACCAUUUAGAUUUAGCUAAAUGUUUUCUUGCUAUUGUUUUGAUUUUUACUUUAGGUUUUGAAUAUUGUUACUGGCUUAGGGUAUAAUCUCUUUUUUUUAAAGUAGAUAUACUUUUAAAUAAUAAUUGCUACCUGCAGGUUUUAUACGAGGUUCAAUUAGGCUUUCAUUUCACAUCUGCUUAUUACUUGCAGAGAAGGAAAUAGACUUUAUUUGCAAUGAUGAACACUGUAAUUAAUGCAAUCUUCUCCUCUCCUAUCACUUAGAUAAAAAAUUUUGAUAUUUCCUCUUACUACUUGCCAGAAGAUAUUAACUCAAAUAUCAGUAAAUAAUGUUUUGUGCAUAUUUUGGUUUUGGUACAGCAUGUAAAAUAGUAGUUGGUGCAUUUCCCUUUUUUUUCCUCUCCUGCCUUGAUCCCAUUAGCAGCCACAGGCACUUUUUGUCUGUCAGAUGUGCAUGAUGAUGCCAGAAGCAUGAUGUCUCUGUUGCUGCAUGCAGACUGAUUACAAUUUUUCGAGCAUGUAAACAUACUCAAAAAAGUAAGAUAUUUGCCAUAAAAUACUUCAAUUUAUACUAGAAUAUGUAACGGGGUGGGGUGGGAGGGGAACCUACUUUCUAACCAUCUUUUAUGACAAUAAAACAUGGAACCUGUGCCAAAGAUUCUGUCAGAAAGAUGCAGUCCUGCCAGAGGGGUGGGCUGGCCCUGGGGGAGCUGGGCAGGUGUUGAGGGAGAUGGGGUUGCGUGUGAAGGGUGACAGUGUGGAGCUUCUGCACCUGCAGGGCCCUUGGGAAUGUGGCUCUGGGGGAGGAUGUGAAAUUCUUUGGGGCCAGGAUGUGCAAUUCCCACACCCCAAAGUCCCAAUUGUUGCCCUGUCUCAGUCCUUUUGUACCCCCAGCUCCCACCAGGAGCAUCCUGGAGUGAUCAACCCUGACAUUCCAGGUGUGGCUCACCAGGGGCAUUGGCCAACUGACAGGAGCUCAGAUCAUUGCCUGAACAAACAGGACUCCAAACUUUCAGACAUUUUAGGAGUAAAAUUUUUAAACUGUUCUGUGUCAAAUAUGUUGAAAUCCAAGACUGGGGGUUCAUUUUCUCCUUUGUGUAUUACGUACUUCAAAAAUGAUGGUAUUCACCGUAAAGCAUGUGGCCUAAUGCAGCAUUCAUGACUUCUUUUCUUUUUUUUAUUUUUUUUUUCCUGAAUAUUAUUAGCCUGGCAAUGUGUAGAAAACAAUAGGUUAAAUUAAGAUAACAGAUUACUGAGUCUCAGAUUUUAAUAAAGAAGGGGCUCUCAGCUAUGCCAGUCUGCCAAGAGGUGCCAUUGUGCUUGUUUUUAAAAUGUGAAGUGAAAAAGACACUUUGGAAAAAACAGAAAUACAGGGAGAAAAAUACCAGCAUACAGGUUUGGGGAGUAAACAAAGCAGAACAGGGGCAGAACUGAACCAAGCCAGAAACCAGGCAGGAACUCCCUUGGGCAGAUGUUACCACAGUUGUGUUUUCCUGAUGAAAUCUGAAUUUUCCAAGGAAGUCCCAUUGCUUGAAAUCUGAAUUUUCCAAGAAAGUCCCAUCUACCCAUCUGCCUUGGGCAGGUGUUGCCACAGUUCUGUUUUCCUGAUGAAACCUGAAUUUUCCAAGGAAGUCCCACUGCUGGCACAGCUGUGACAGUCGGGGCUGUUCACAGCAGGACAAAGCAUCAAUCACAGGGCUGGUUUAACACUGGGACAGAGCUGCUCAUUUUCUGCCUCCUUCUAUACCCAGUUUCUCCAGCCCUUGUGUUUAUCUCCCAGUUUUUCUGGCGUAGAAGCAGAAAUUCCUCUUUAGCCUCAUUUCCUCGGGUCCCCGGGCUUGUGACAGACUUGCUGUGUUCUGGAGGUUCCUGAAACACUUAGGAGAAGGUGCUGUGAACUCCUGGAUGCUGCAGGAGCCAGGCAGGGUUGGAUAAAGCAGGGAUUGUUGUGUUACCCCUCACUGCUCUCCUGAUGCCCUCACACGCUCUGACCUUUCCUGAGAACUCCCCCUGGCUGCUCAGAAUCCAGAAAUUUAUCAUGGCAAAGAAAACCUGAAGAGCCCAGCCAGAACUUUCAUAUCUUUUCAGAGACAGAUGUUAUUUAUAUCAUAUUUUUCACAAGAUUUGGUUUUCUAGAGAACAUGUAUCAACAGAAGGAGAGGCAUUAGAGCUGCUUCUCUUUCACUUGUGUUUGGUAGCAAGUGUAAUCCCAACACCCACGUUGCCACCAAGAUUCCCAAAAGGCAAAUUGAAAAUGGUGCUGCCCUGAAGCUGGGGUGGAAGUUUUGGGAGCUAUAAUUGAAAAUGGUGCUGCCCUGAAGCUGGGUGGAAGUUUUGGGAGCUGUUUCCAUCCCUGUGCUGAGUCCCAGGUGGUUCCAGGGCAGUCCCGUUCCUGCUGGGAGAGGCACAGGUUUGCCAUGUAAAACUUCCAAGGGGUUUUUAGGGAUCAAAUGGGACUUGACUGGCUCCUAAGCAAAUUCUGUCAUUAUUCAGGCAUCUGGAUGCUUUUGUGCACCUUAGAGUGACACUUUUGAGGGUGGUGGGAUUCCAGGACAACCAUUUCACCCACCAGCCUCAGUGCCCUGAGCAAGGCUGGCACAUAUGUGAGAAGGAGAGAGCACAUUCCUAUGAUAAAUAGUCCUUGUUAAUCCAGUUUGGAGGAGAAAUCCAAUUUAGCUUUCUGAUUUUUCAUUCUUUCCAGAAAUACGAUUGAAUUUCCUUUUACAAACUGCAGAAAGUUCUUCUGGAAAUCAGCUGUUAGUUAAAAAAAACCUCAUCACGUCUGAAUGCUGCUGGCCUUUGAAAUCCAUCCUGUCUCUUGGGGUGAAUCCAAUUCAGUAAUUCUGAGCUUCUAUAAAAUUAAUAAGGUCGAGCAAGAGAGGAACUUGUCUUCUAGCUGGAGAGAUGACACAUCCAAGGGUGGAGUGGUACCAGUUGAAAAGUGUUUUCUGAGCCAGUGCCUGUGGAUGCAGUCCCAGUGAAAUGCCAUAGGAGACGCAUGCAGUGAGCAGGGAGGGCAGAUCCUCCUCAUUGUGCAAAGCACAGCAUUAGAAAUAAUUAUUAUUAAUAAUAUUAAUAAUAAUCCAAUAAUAAAGCUUUGAUACCAGUAGAAAGCAUAUCUACAGUAUAUUGAGUUUACAGUAGGCUUUUGGACCUGCCAGGAAAACUUCUGGAAAUAUUUAAUGUGAUUUUCAGUUUAGUUAUUAGCAUAAGUUGUUGUACAUAGGGGUUUUGUCUCUUUGCAGAUGUGUGGGCUGUGUUUGAUGUGUCCCCUCUGUAGGUGGGCACUGAGCUGCCAAGUAGCAAAAAGUAGACAAAAAGCUAAAAAGCACUUAUUUCCCUCAGCCCCUCACUCACAGACAGGAUCUGAAAUAGCUGAGUUGAAAUAAGUAAGAUUUGACUCCACAACAUGCAUGACUCCCUCACUGUGCCAGUAACAACUGGGAAUUAAAUGGCCUUACCAUGAAUAAUGUGACAAUUGGGAAUUAAAUGGCCUUACCAUGAAUAAUGGCCAUGCAGAGCCCUCCUGUCCCAGGAAACCUUGAGAGGAGAGGCCCCUUGUCAGCCCCUCUGCCUCCCUUAUCUCACCUGCAGAAUGGGGCAAAAGUACUGACUGACCCACUGGGAGGGGUGAGCGCUUCUUAGGCAACGUUUCUAAUUCACUUUUAACCUGAAAAGAGUUGUGUAACUAUUAUUCUAAUUUUUACUAUUAAAUCAGCUUCUGGGAUUCCCAUGGUACUGCUGGCUAUACCAUGCUGUUUCUACUUUUUUAUAGAACUUUAGUAACUCCGCUGAAACCGUUUGAAGAGAAAUAAAAGCAGAUCUGAGGCGUUUCUUACAGAACCUGGAGUGCAGCUUUUGUCCCUGGAGUCAGGGUGUGAUGGGGAGUGAUGCUUGUGAUUGUGUGGGUCAGCUGCACUUACCUCUUUUCCAGCUACUGAGAUUUUUUAUGUGCAAUUUUAAAAAUUCCAUGUGGAUGGAAGUCUUAGCAGAACUGAUACUGGGAGGGGGAGAUUCCCUUUGGGUAAAUAAAGUCAGCACAGCUGUUUUCUAGCACUGUUUUUACUGACUCCUGCUGAAGGAGGAGCUCUGUUCUUUGUGCAGCUGCUUUGUCCAUGACAGGCUGAUAUUUUCUGUUGAUAUUUUAAUGUAUUUCUGUGUUGUAAAUGCGUCUUUGUGCUUAUUUUUUCUUCCUUGUCUGUGACACCGUAGUUCAGAUUUAAAAGAAGACUGCUCCAGAAGCUGUUUUUUUAUUCCACUGAUGUCAGUUGACCUAAAUAAAUAAAUUAAGUCUGUUAUAUGAUUUGAAACAGUGCAGGAUGAGGAGCAACAACAUUGACACAGCUGCCAUUGAAGCUCAUUUCUCACUGGUUACAUUGGACACUCUGCAGCUGAUGUUUCAUUAGUUUUAUAAUUAAUAAUGACAGGAACGUUUUAAUAGAAAGGAAAACGAUGUUCAUGAUCUUUACAAACAUUUUGCUGAGAAGUAUUUGAAUUUCUUUUCCUUCUCUCUGAACCCCCUUGGGGUGACACUGCCAAGGGUUCCUUCCAGAGAUUCACACACUCCUGGCUUAAAAAUCUUCAAAUUAACAAACCCAAACCCCACUACAGCUUCCAAGGUGCCCAGGGGACCACAGAGCUCCCUGAGUGCUUGGCCAACAGCCCCAAUUCUCUGAAAAUAUCAGUUAUAUUAUGUGUUGUACCCACUGUUGGCCUUGCAGUAUAAAAACAAUGCUCUUGCAGGGGUAAUAAAAAUUUAAUCUAUGGCUCGUUCCCCAAACCUUUCAUUUGUUCUCUCCCAUGUUACCAAAAUGUAUGUCAAAAAAUAAAUAAAUUUCAACAAAAUGAAGCUCGUUUGCUCUUUCUAAAAUGUGCAUUUCUCAAGACUCUGUGGUUUUGCACAACAAUACAGAGAACACCUGAAACUUCUCAAAUGACUGAAUGCUACUUAAUUUUUUUAAACAUUAAUGAACUCAUUAAUAUUUUUAAUAUUUUUAAGACCCAAAUGUUUUAUUUCUAUAGAGGAGAACAUUAUUUGUUUUCAUAUCAUUUAUCUGCAAGAUGCUACCAGAAAAUUUGGAGAGGCCAUUCAUUUUUAAAAAACGCAACCAUUGGAAGCAUAGUGGGCAAGACUGAUGUACAAAUUACAGCAUCUUUUUUGUUUGUUUGUUUGUUCCAUAAUUCGCAGGAUCUUCAAUCUUUGUUUGCAUGAAAUGCUUUUGUUAAGUAUUAAUUGUAGUUUCAAAGCAAGUGUGUAUGAAUAAAAAUACUGAUCAUUA